UCUCUCCCUCACCUUUCAUGAACCAAAACCCCUCAAGAGAGAAUAGAGCAGUUCCUGAGAAAAGAUGGAUCGACAAGACAAAGCAUCCAACGAUGUUCAAGAAGAACAGAAUUCCGUGCAGCAGCAGCAGCCGCCACCCCCGAGAAAAUGCCCGAGGUGCAACUCAGACAACACCAAAUUCUGUUAUUACAACAACUACUGCAUGUCGCAGCCCCGUUACUUCUGCAAGGCCUGUCGAAGGUACUGGACACAUGGAGGUAUCCUAAGGAACAUUCCCGUCGGUAGCAGUUCUCGUAAGAGCAAGCGUUCUAAGAAGGGCUCUUCUUCUUCUUCUUCUUCUUCUUCACCUUCUUCUUCGUCUUCUCCUUCUUUAUCUAAGUCCUCCUCCUCACCAUCUCUGAAUUCUCAGUCACCUUCCAUUCAGACAAAACAAGUUCAGUCUGUCACUGUUCCUGUCUUACAAAUCCAAGAAACCGGUUUACUUGGUGGGAGUCCUCUCUCUUCUUUAACCCUAAACCGUUAUCAGACGCCGAGUUACACCAACGAUUUGGGCCCUGCCGAUAAUCUAACCUACCUAUCAAGAGGAACCGCUGUUUCUGAUGCUGCAUUCAUCGGUCAAGACCAAACCAGAUGGAACCGGAACUUGGUCAACAGCAUGAACACUUGUCCUGGCACUAGCAGCGGAAGUCCAAACACUAACAUGAACAACUGCCCGGUUAGAACUCCAUAUGUGAAUCAGGACCAGUGGUUUGGUCAUCAGAAUUAUGGUCCGCGACCAUAAGCGUAUGGGUCCAUGGUGGUUUGUUCUAUAUAUAUAUGGCUCAUUUCAAUAUAUAUAUAUGUGGUUAUCUUAUUAGGAGCAAUGCUUGUUAGUUUCUGGGUUCAUUUUGUUUGUCGGAGUUAUUGAAUGAGCGGUCUGUGUUUUUCAAUUUACAUUUUGAUAUUGUGGUUUUAAUUGCAUUAUGUGUCCCUUUAGCUCUCUCUCUCUAUAUAUAUAUGUAAGGUUAGUAGCUGUA